CAUUGAAAAUGCUAUUAUUCAAACUUCACUAUGGCCGGCAUAAGUAGACAAGUUAUAAGAAAUAGAUGUAUUUCUUUGAUUUCACGUAAUUUUUACUCAGUUUUACGGCAAUUGCAAGGAAACAAUAUAACACAAAGAUGUAAAUAUAGUAAUUCUUCUGUUGAAUCAGAGGAAGCAGAUCCAGCUCCAUUCUUUUUUAAUGAAGAAAUACAACAAAUGCUCAAAGUACUGACACGUCGAGAUUUGAAUAAAGUUUUCAGAGUUAAAAAAGACGGUCAACCUAUUGCGGAUCCUGAAUAUCAAUUCAUGACUGAUAAAGAGCUUCAAGCAGUAAUGAAAGAUGCCGAGGAAAGAGCUGAUAAAAAAUUGCAAAUGCCACCAGUAGUAAAAGAAAGAGAACCAAUCACUACGAUUAUCUCUAAGGACCCAGAAAUUCAAGGAUAUGAUACGUGCAAAUAUGUUUUUACUGACAUUACUUAUAACGUCAGUAAUGUAAAUCGAAUAAUUGUUGUAAGAGAUUCUAAUGGUAUUUUAAGGCAAGCAAAUUGGGAUGAAAGAUUUCGAAUGAAUCAAAUUUAUUUUCCGCUCGAAGGAAGAGAAUACUAUGUACCAAAAAUGUUUUUUGGUGAACAUCUUCAGGAUUUAUUAAAAAGAGAAGAAUACGAAUUUAUUUUGGACCGAGCAUGUGUACAGUUUGAUCCAGAUGAUCCGGAUUAUCAACGAGUCACAAAAACUGUAUACGAUCAUAUAAACGAAGCGAGUCACUUUAAAAAACUAAUCUCUACGAGGCAUUACGGCCCUAUGGUAUUUCAUUUAGUUUGGAGAAAAAAUAUUGAAAAUUUAUUAUUACACAAUAUCAAAAAUGAUAUAAUCGAAGAUGCUGCGCUAUUGAUUAAACUAUAUCACAAAAUUCAUCCAUCCGCAAAGUCAGCACAAGUUCAAUGCAAUGAUAAUCAUAUUCAAUUGAUUGAAAAGUACGUAGAGUUAGAUUCAACUAAUGAAGGUAAAUUGAGAGCAGCAAUAAAUGCAUAUAAAGAAUUUGACAAAGCACGAAAAGAGGUUGAAGCAGGGAUAAGAGCAGCCCAUGGUUUAAAAUAAAUUAUCCAAAUUGUAAUAAAAUAAUAUUAAUAAAAAAAAUUAAAUUAAA